AUGGAACUGGAACUCGUGGGGUCCUGCACAUGGGUCCUGGUGCUGGUGGCUGCAGGGCUGAGCUUGGCCAGCGCGGGCCCCGUCCCCACUUCCAAGCCCACCACAGCCUGGACGGACUGUGACUUUGGCAGGUUCAAAUCUCUGUCACCAAGGGAGCUGGAGGCUUUCAAGAAGGCCAGGGAUGCCUUGGAAAAUUCGCUGAAAAGCUGGAGUUGCACCACCCGCCCCUUCCCUAGAAACCGGGACCUGAGACAGCUACAGGUGUGGGAGCGCCCCGUGGCCUUGGAGGCUGAGCUGGCCCUGACGUUGAAGGUCCUGGGCACCAUGGCUGACGCGUCCCAGGGGGACAUCCUGGACCAGCCCCUUCACACACUGCGCCACAUGCACUCCGAGCUCCAGGCCUGUGUCUCGGCUCAGCCCACAGCAGGCCCCCAGCCCCAAGGCCGCCUCCACCACUGGCUGCACCGGCUCCACGAGGCCUCGAGGAAGGAGUCUCAAGGCUGCCUCGAGGCCUCUGUCCUGUUCAACCUCUUCCGCCUCCUCAAAAAGGACCUGGAAUGUGUCGCCAGUGGAGACCUGUGUGUCUGAGGACGCAGACCCACCCCCAGCUCAUGUGGGACCCCAGAACUUAUU